UCAGGUGGAAGAGAUCAAUUGGAGUCAAACCAAUGGAUAAUAUGUUACAGAGAAUUAAAAACCAGCACAAAACCAGCAUGAAAGAUAAAUAUGAGAGAUUAUUUGAAGGAAUCGAAGUAAAAGAGACUGAAACCCACCUGAACUGGAUCUACACCCAGCUGUACAUCAUAGAGGGAGAGAGUGAAGGAGUGAAUGAAGAACAUGAGGUUUUACAGAUGGAGAAAACAGCCAGAACAAAACACUCACAACACACUCCAAUCUACUGCAAUGACAUCUUUAAAGAGGAGAAAGAGCAAAUCAAGACUGUUCUUACUAAAGGCAUCGCUGGAAUCGGAAAAACCGUCUCUGUGCAGAAGUUCAUUCUGGACUGGGCCGAGGGAAAAGCCAAUCAGGAUGUAGAUUUCAUGUUUGUGCUUCCAUUUCGAGAGCUGAACUUGAUCAGAGAUCAUCAGUACAGUCUUCACAGACUUCUGCUGGACUUUCAUCCUGAACUUGAAGAUCUGGAGCCCAAGAUUUAUGAGGAGUGUAAAGUUGUGUUCAUCUUUGAUGGUCUGGAUGAAAGCAGAAUCACACUGAUGUUUUCAGACGCUCAGAAAGUUUGUGAUGUGACUGAGACUUCAUCAGUGGCUGUGUUGAUGUCAAAGCUGAUGAAAGGAGAGCUGCUUCCCUCUGCUCUCAUCUGGAUCACCUCCAGACCAGCAGCAUCCAAUCAGAUCCCCUCCAAAUACAUCAAGCGUCUGACAGAAAUUCAGGGAUUCACUGAGCCUCAGAAGGAGGAAUAUUUCAGGAAGAGAAUCAGUGAGCAGCAUCAAGCCAGCAGAAUCAUCUCACACAUCAGAAGAGCAAGAAGCCUCCACAUCAUGUGCCACAUACCCGUCUUCUGCUGGAUCUCAUCCACUGUGCUUCAGAAGCUCCUGGAAGAAGAUCUGAGUGCAGAAAUCCCUCAAACUCUGACUGAAAUGUACAUCCACUUCCUGCUGAUUCAGAUCAACAUGAGGAAUCAGAAGUAUGAAGAGAGAGAUCCAGAGAAACUCCUGCAGUCCAACAGAGAAGUGAUUGUCAAACUUGCUGAAGUGGCUUUCAGACAGCUGAUGAAGGGCAAUGUGAUGUUCUAUGAGGAGGACCUGAUUGAGAGCAGUGUAGACGUCUCUGACGCCUCAGUGCAUUCUGGGAUUUGCACUGAGAUCUUUAAGGAGGAAUCUGUGAUUCAUCAGAGGAAAGUCUACAGUUUCAUCCAUCUGAGCAUUCAGGAAUUUCUCUCUGCUUUCUAUGUGUUUUACAACCACAUAAGCAACACCACAGAGGCAUGUUUAGAUUCUCUGCAUGAUUUGCAGAAAAGAACUAUAAAUAAAGCCAUUGAGAGUAAGAAUGGGCAUCUGGAUCUGUUCCUGCGGUUCCUGCUGGGCGUCUCACUGGAGUCCAAUCAGAGACUCUUACAGGAUCUACUGACACACACAGAGAAGAGCUCAGAGAGCAUCAGGAGAAGCACACAGUACAUUAAAGAGAAGAUCAAAGAUGGACAUGGACUCUCCACUGAAAGAUCCAUCAAUCUGUUCCUCUGUCUGCUGGAAGUGAAAGAUCAGACUCUGUCCAGAGAGAUUCAGGAGUUUGUGAAAUCAGACAAACAGUCAGAGAAGAAACUCUCUCCUGCUCACUGCUCAACAAUCGCCUACAUGCUUCAGAUGUCAGAGGAGGUGCUGGAUGAGCUGGAGCUCCAGAAAUACAACACAUCAGAUGAGGGCAGAAGAAGACUGAUACCAGCCAUCAGCAACUGCACAAGAGCUCUUCUUGCUGGCUGUAAUCUCUCUGCUCAGGAUUGUGAAAUUGUGUCGUCAGUUCUUCAAUCCUCAAACUGUGUCCUGAAAGAGCUGGACCUGAGUAACAAUGACCUGCAGGAUUCAGGAGUGAAGCUGCUCUCUGAUGGACUGAAGAGUCUAAACUGUCAGCUUGAGAUACUGAGGUUAUCUGGUUGUAUGGUGACAGAGGAAGGCUGUGGUUUUGUGUCUUCAGCUCUGAGUUCAAACCCGUCACACCUGAGAGAGCUGGAUCUGAGCUACAAUCACCCAGGACAAUCAGGAGUCCAGCUGCUCCAACACACACUGGAGGAUCCUCACUAUACACUGCAGAAACUCAAUUUGGACCAUGGAGGACAUCGUAGGAUCACACCAGGCUUAAGAAAAUGCAAGUUCUGUCUCUCACACACACUCACACACCUAUGUAUAUUAAGUGAUGUCAUAGAAGAUGUGUCUGUGCUCUUGUGUUCAGAUACCUGUUUUCUCACACUGGAUCCAAACACAGCACACACUCAUCUUGUUCUGUCUGAGGAGAACAGAGAGGGCAGAAAUGUGAAAGAUCCUCAGCCAUAUCCUGAUCCUGAUCAUCCAGAGAGAUUUGAGCUACAGGAGCAGGUUCUGUGUAAAGAGACACUGACUGGACGCUGUUACUGGGAGGUGAAAUGGAGCGGCUCUGGUCAUAUAGGGGUGGCUUAUAAAGCGAUCGACAGGAAAAGUGGGCUUGACUCUUGGUUUGGACUCAAUGAAAACUCCUGGAGUAUUUACUGCAAUGAUACGAUUUACACAGUCUGGCACAAUAAUGAGAGCGCUGAUAUUAUUGCUCCUUCAGCUUGUAAUAAUAGAGUAGGAGUGUAUGUGGACGUGUCGUCCGGGUCGCUGUCCUUCUACAGUGUCUCUGACACAAACACACUCACACACAUACACACAUUCAACACCACAUUCACUGAACCCCUCUAUACGGGAUUUGGGAUUUAUCCUGAAGCUUCAGUGUCUCUGUGUCAGAUUUAACAAACACUUUAAAGCAAUUCAGAGACAUACAACAUGUCCGAGCAAAAAAUUACAAUUAUUAACAUUCUGAUAUACACGCAAGGUCCAAAAACACUUUCAUUGUCUUAUAAUAUGCUUUUAUUGUUAUCUAAUUAUACUGAUGACUCUCAUUUGAUUUGUUCAGUGAUCAAUUUUUCAAACCUCUUUUUUCCAUGAUGCUAUUCUGCGGUAAUUGGUUCAGUGACUCAGUCAGCUGUGAUUGGUCGACUGUGUUUAGCACAAGUCAGAUAUGAAAUGCCCACCACAGCUUAUCAGCAGCCAUAUGUGUGAGGCCAAUGCAGGAAAUCAUUAAAGCAAUGCUGUUAAACACCAGCAUAUUGCUCUAUUUUCAACAUAACCCUAAGAAAUGACAAUAUCAUUCAUUCUGUAUUGAUCCACAGUUGCAAAAAGUUGAACUAUUUUGAAAAUUGAGCAUCGGAGGUGUGUUCUUGGCAAAACUGUUGAAAUGAAAGUUAAAGCAGUUCUUUCCACAUCUGGUGCAUAAGAGCAGCUGAUGGUGGCCUAGCAAAGACAGACAGCAAAGAGUCUCGAGCACAGAACCAGGUUUAAACAAGGCGGCAACACACUUUGUAUGUUUCAUGUGGUUUUAGAUGUGAUAUGUGAAUAGCCCCUUAAAGAGUUACUAGAGAGAUAUAAUAACAAAUAGGCAACCGUUAAAUCCACAUUUACAGAUUGUGAUCCAGACGAUGAAACUGGUCAAUAUAAACUGUGUACUGAUGGGACCAUACAAUGGUAGUUUUUUGUGCCGAUUCUUCUUUUAAUAAAAAAGCUUGCAUUAUACUGAUACAGUCAUCAGUAAAAUGGCAGGAACACAGCACAAGAUUGGUUUUAAUGCAACCCAGGCUCAUUCUGAAAACGUACCUCUAUAUACAGUUCUGGAGAGCGCCAAAUACGUCCCAAGAGCUUUUUUUUUUUUUUUUUUUUUUUUUGCAGUUUUUGUUUUCACGAAUCCACCAUCUCCAAAAAUGUAUAUAGGGCUACGUUUUCAGAAUGAGCCUAUGUUGCUUAAAAGAGAUAUUGUUGUGAAAAUGAACUUUAUUUAUUUUUUAAUUUCCUCACAGCCUCAUCUUUAGGUUUCUCAGUGAUCACUCAUUUUCAUGUCAUGAUCAAUCCUCCAGCAAUCUGCUAUAGUGUUUGAGAGUUAGAGGCUUCGAGUUUUCCCAAGUCUGGGCAUGUAACAAGGGCAACGUUUUGUUCAGACGUCACAAUGAAAUGGCUAAACAUCCAAGUUCAUGACAAAUCAGUCAAAUGGCUUAGUCUACUCUUUUACUGAGAACUUGAGUACCUUUAUACAU